GAGAUGUGGUUGUUGCCGCGGCAGCAGAGCGGGACAGAUCUGAGACAGUAAAACAACACUCCUCCUCUUCUUCCUCCUACUUCUUCUUCUUUUUUAUUCUUCUUCUUCUGUCCUCCUGCACCCGUCCACAGUGGUUUCACCUGGAAAACCUGCCUCCUCUUCCUCCUCGCCUCACUCUUCACCUUCAUCAUCAGCAGCCGCACCAGCACCAGCAGCUGUGGACAACCAUACAUGGACAUGGAGAAAGGAGCGCCUGACGUCUCUUCUACACUCAGAAACAAAGCUGGUGUCUCUCUUUCUCCACCACUAAUGCCCCGGCAACUUCAAUAAGAGGGAGAGACUAAAACACAGAGACAGAUAAAGGGGAAAACAGCAAGCAAGAGCAGAAAGAGAACAAGAGGAAGAGUGAGGCUGCACAACCAUAAUCUCCACAGCUGAGAAACACUUAGAGGGAGGGAGGCAACACAGGCGAUUCUGUCUAUCUUGCAACUUCAGGGACCAUCAUCACAAUUUAAUAAGAAUUUGAAAGGCUGCGGUGCUGCAACAAAUCAGUCUUCACAGGGAAAGAGGGUGGGUGAGAGAGCUAGAGUCAGACAGAGAGAGAGAGCGAGAGAAAGGGAGGAGGCCAGACACAAAUGUUUUAACGCUUCCCUACCUGGAUUCAUAUCUUUCUGCCUUUUCUUGUAAAUCCCCGCAGCAAUAAACCUGUGACGGCAAUAUCAAAGAACCACUUUAUUAUUAUUUUACACAUAAUCUAUUGUGCUAAGACUGCUGAGAUUUCAAGAAAUUAUGUUUUCCUAUCAAGAGAGUUCAUAUUUUCAAGAAGUGCAUCCUGUUUAGAGCAACAGGACUGAGAGGAACUUGUAGAGAAACAGAGAAAUAUUUUAAAAAAGCAGCGUUUACCCUGAGAAGUGUCUCGCAGGCCAGACGGAGAGGAACAGAAAGGACGGCGUCACGAGAAGACCAUCCAAACUGCAACAAAAUAAAAGCACGGGCCUCACGCUUGUUCAUCGAUCUGCUUUCCUGCCCCUUUACAGCUUUUUUUCAUGGCUUGACACCCAACUGCAAUCUGGCCCCUCCCUUCCCCUUUCCUUCCCCCCCAACAUGUCCAACCACCUCGCAUCUCACUGCCCAGACCGCCAAAGAAAAUCAGGGCAGCUGAAGAAGUGAGCAAGGCUUUAACCGAGCCAAUAAACAUUUCAUUAGCUCCAUCCACUCUUCCCUCCUUCGACGAGGACAAGAACUCUCACACUCUACAGGUGGGCGCUCUGAUACAACAUGGCAGCCGGCGUGGCAACAUGGCUGCCAUUUGCACGGGCGGCGGCAGUUGGUUGGCUGCCGCUGGCCAAAAAGACGAUGCCCAAACCUCCAGUGGACAACUCGUCCAGAUCGGACGAGAUCCUGUACCUCAACGUCAGCGGGGUCAGGUUCCAGACAUGGAAGAACACCCUGGACCGUUAUCCUGACACACUGCUGGGCUCCUCUGAGAAAGAGUUUUUCUUCAACGAGGACACAGAGGAAUAUUUCUUUGACAGAGAUCACGAGAUGUUCCGGCACAUUCUGAACUUUUACCGCACAGGAAAGCUCCAUUACCCACGACACGAGUGCAUCCAGGCCUUUGACGAAGAGCUGGCCUUCUACGGCAUCGUGCCGGAGAUCAUUGGAGACUGCUGCAUGGAGGAAUACAGAGACAGGAAAAAAGAGAACCAGGAGCGUCUGGCAGAGGACACAGAGGCCAACGAGUCAAUGGACGCCCCACUUCCUCCUGACAGCACCCCCAGGGAGCGUUUGUGGCGAGCCUUUGAGAACCCUCACACCUCCACCAUGGCGCUUGUCUUCUACUAUGUCACUGGCUUCUUCAUUGCUGUGUCAGUAAUCGCCAACGUGGUGGAGACGGUGCCCUGCCGGCCUCCAGAGGGCAGAGUUAAGGACCUUCCCUGUGGGGAGAAAUAUCAGCUGGCCUUCUUCUGCAUGGACACGGCCUGUGUGCUCAUCUUCACCUUCGAGUACUUGAUGCGCCUGUUCGCCGCGCCCAGUCGUUGCAAGUUCAUGCGCUCUGUGAUGUCUGUGAUUGACGUAGUGGCUAUAAUGCCAUACUACAUUGGCCUGGUGAUGCCCGAGAACGAGGACGUGAGCGGCGCCUUCGUCACCCUCCGGGUUUUCCGCGUCUUCCGAAUCUUCAAGUUCUCACGUCACUCACAGGGUUUGAGGAUUUUGGGCUACACGCUCAAGAGCUGCGCCUCCGAGCUCGGCUUCCUGCUCUUCUCCCUCACCAUGGCCAUCAUCAUCUUCGCCACCGUCAUGUUCUACGCUGAGAAAGGCACCAAAGGCUCCACCUUCACUUCCAUCCCGGCCUCCUUCUGGUACACCAUCGUCACCAUGACGACCCUGGGAUAUGGAGACAUGGUUCCAAACACCAUCGCAGGGAAGAUCUUUGGAUCGAUCUGCUCUCUGAGCGGCGUCCUGGUGAUCGCCCUUCCUGUACCUGUCAUCGUGUCCAACUUCAGCCGGAUCUACCACCAGAACCAGAGAGCGGACAAGAGGAGAGCACAGCAGAAAGUGCGCUUGGCUCGGAUCCGCAUGGCAAAGAAAGGAACAACCAACGCCUUCCUCCAGUACAAAGAAGACCGAGGGCUCAGGGGUCGUGACAGCGAUAGCACAGCUCUGUGUGUGAAGAACAGAUCGGCUUUCGAGCACCAACACCACCACCUGCUGCACUGUCUGGAGAAGACAACGAACCAUGAGUUCACAGAUGAGAUGACCUACAGCGAGCUGUGUAUGACUGAGUCAGUGGGCUUCAGGACCAGUCGCAGCACUUCUCUAUCCAGCCAGCAGGGGGCACAGAACAACCCCACCGGCUGCUGCCCGCGCAGGGCCAGGAGGCGAGCCGCCAUGCGCCUGGCUAACUCCACUGCAUCAGUCAGCCGGGGGAGCGUCCAGGAACUGGACACCCUGCAUAUCAAAACAACCUCCAUACCGCCACAAACUCGUUCCAGUCUGAACGCCCAGGCUGACAACCUAAAGCUGAACUGCGGGGAACAAGAUUUCACUGCUGCAAUCAUCAGCAUUCCCACGCCGCCGGCCAACACACCGGACGAAAGCCUCCCCCCGUCGCCUGCCCCCAUCCCCGGCAUCCUGCGCAACACCCGAGCAACAGCUUUUACCCAUGAAACCGUCAAAAUCUCCUCCUUAUAACCUCCAGCUCCACACAUGACACCCCUCCUGACACCCCUCCGCCCCACCAGCCACUUUCCCAGUGAACUUCCUUUGAACCUCUGAUCCUGGAUCUGGGGCGCUGCUAGCUGAAAUAUCGGGAAGAAAAUACUCAGAUUGAUUCCUGACUGAUUGCUUUAACUUCCACAUACAUUUCGCUGGUUACAUGGAUUAAACGGUCGUAUAGCUAAAACGGCAGGUGAGAUGGGAAGAAAAAUGUACGACCACAUCCAACGACAACUGAAAAAUAAGAACCUCAAAAAAAAAAAAAAGCUCAAAUCAAAAGCUACAACUUCAUGAACGAAGCAAAAGACCUUCUUAAACCUUUAGGAUCCACCCUCAUGCAUUUUGUCUCCUUGCACACAUUUGAUCCGCCUUGCACAGUUUUGACCUUUUAGAGCUCAUUGCACAAACCCAUGAAGGGUUCAACCUGAAACAUCAGUGGAAAAGAAGCCAAGACUCCAAAAGUCAUCCCAAACUGGCUGAUGGUUUGGCUGGCUUCGGUUUCCCUCCUUCAGAGGAGGCAUGCUAAAUGACUGCUGACGACAGAAGUUUUAUUUUUCAGUGUAAACUCGACAUGAAUGGACUGAGUGGUUUUAUAAACACAAGAGAGCAUUGCCUGUUGCUUUGGGAGGGACCAACAACCACCAGAGGAUCAUUUAGAACAGGCUGGUCUAGUUAUUGGUAAAAGAUUUAAUGGAGAUGACCUGUAGACAACCAAAUAACCCUCAGCAGCUUGAAGGGCCAUAUCUAAGACAUUUUGAGGUUUUUAUUUUCUUGUAGGAAACGUGUGCCGGAACUUUUGUUUUCUUUGGCUGGAUUUCUUUUCAUUCCAACGACAGACUACAUGUUGAAGCCUGAAUGGAGCGACAGUGCUGCACAGCUAAGUUCACUUCUGGAUCUCUUUUGCUUGAAACAUGAAGGUUUAAACUCUAAACAAAAAGCUGAAAGACUCAUCUGCACUCAUCUGCACUCAUCUGGAUUUUUGAAGAGUUUGUGGACGAGCUCUCUGACAGUUCUCGCUGAGCAGCUGAAGGUCUCAUAUUUAGAAAAUCAAGGAAAUCAUGAAGGGGAACUCUUGAUCACUUGAACUUCAAAUAAUUUGGGAAGCUCAGUGAAACCCAAUAAUCUUUGUUGAGCAACUCGCAAAACUACACUGGGCAGUCUGCAUCUUUAAGGAGCUGGUCUGAGCAGCACUGGACUCACCUGGUUUUCUAAAUAAACUGUGGAGAGUUAAAUUAAUGGUCCUGGACUGGAUUACUCUGGUCUAGUCUGACUGUAGCUCUGAAGUGUUUGUCAGUGUUGACACUAACGCCCAGACCGGGAUCAAGAGCCUUUUACCUUUCAAAAUAUGCAACAUUACAACAAGCAGGAAAAUAGCAUCAACAAAUGAACAGAAUAAUAUUAAUAACAGUUAUAAUGUGUGUGUUUAAAACUACAGUAAUUAUUGCAGGGAACAAAGUGUAAAGCAACUAAAAAAAUGCAUUUGUUAUGCGAUCUUUCCACUGAGAGAGAACAUAACGAGUAUUCUGCAAUAGAUUUGAAGGGGAAAGGAAACGCCGACACUGAAAGCUCUUUAAGCGCUGAGAGUACGUUCGCCCCGACGACGGACACUUUGGAAGAAAAAGGCUUGUUUUUCACAUCUUUGCUGAAGUGGAAAACAUCCACAUGAGCAAUGAUUCACGCUUGUUUAUAUCAUUAAUCCUCUGUUUCUUCUGUAAUGUCUUCAUGCUUUUAAAGGCUUUAAUACGAGUAACUCAUCCACAAUAUUUAUAGAGCUUAUUUAAUCUUUUGCCAACAUGCUCUUAUAACAUAAGGUAAUGUUAUGAUGCUAAACUAAAGUUCCAACAAAUGAGAAACUUUUAGAAUUUUUAGUUGUUUUAUUUCUUUUAAAUGUAUAAUCCAAUUAAACAAGUCAUGAUGCUUCUUUACAAAUAGUUGUUUCUCUGAGCACGAGGCUGCCAGUGACAUUCAAAAGUGUGAACAUCUAUCAGCUGGACAGUAAGUCAGCUAAGUAUGCUACUGUUAAUGGAUCGGGCGAGUCCGUUUUUAAACCAACAAAAUCACUUCAUAACUGUAAAAGAAAUGUUGUUGAUACACCUGGUAAUCAUGUUUACACUUGUACUGAAACCGCUCUGCGACCAGACUGAGACGCCUCCUCCGGGGUCACACAAGUGAGAUAUAAUGUUCACAUCUGUGCAAUCAAACUGCACCAAAUAAGAAAAUGAACCAGAGUUCAAUUUGAACAGACUAAACAGGGCAUUUGUACACAGUCUUUACCUUACAUGUUCAAGAGAGACGGCAUCUGGCAUCUGAACGCUGACAGAGAGGAAUCUGUGCGAGAGUCUCAGUCUGUUAUCAGCUAAAUCCACAAAAAUCUAAAUCUAGUAUAACUAAAAUAAUGAUCACAACUCUACAAAUAAGGGAUUUGAAGUUGAACAUUAAUGUUUUUACUUCUUAGUAUGCAGGCGGAAAGAAAUGGUAACUCAAUAUGAGUUUAACUGAGUUCAGUGCACUGAUUUGAGUAAAAUAAAGGCUCUGCUUGCAUCUAUGGAAGCAUGUAGCGUCAGCGCUCACUGGGCGGAGACUCGUGCUCAGAUGUGUUGAAAGUUACCCUUUAAAUAUACGUCAGCACGUGCAUUCAAAACCAUACAUGCUUUUUCAAGAGUGGACGCCGUCGGCCACGUGUGAGCUCAGCCGUGAGCGAUUUGUUGAAGCGUUUCCUUGAACCAUUUAAGAGCGAGUGUGAAUGCGUGACACACAGACAGAAGACAAGAGGUACAUACUGUAACAUAUUUUGUAUCAUAAACUUUCACCCGCAUCUUCCAAUCAAAUCCUCAAAUCUAAACAAAAAAAAGAUAAAAAUAGAGAAAAAGAAAAAAGAGAUGAAAGUCAUCGGGUAUCUGACUGGCGUUCCUUCGUGCAUGAGCCUCGUACAGUAGAAGUAGCACUACUGAUCAUAGGAAUUUAUAAAGCAUAUCAGAGAAAAAAAAGAGAAAAAAACACGACAUAGUGGGGAAGAAAAUCUCAUCAUCUGUUCUUUUGCAUGACGACUCUUAUUGUUUUCUCUCCUGCCAGUUGUUGGUUUGUUUUCCUCAUCCCCUCUGUCCCUGAAUCUUUUCAAGACGAGUGUUUGCACCACCGAGCAGUUAGAUUACCGAGAAGCAGAUUAUUAUCAGUGAAUCAUUCAGGCAUGUUCCUCGCCAGAAUGCAAAGUGUGUAUGCGCGAGGUCGGGCGGCUGUUUGUGCGUGUACGUGUGAAUGCGUGUAUGUGUUCGUAUGAUGAGCAGUCACAAAUAUGCAUGGAUACCGUUAUAGGUAUUUUAUCUGUUUUCUCCUGUAGUUUAACGAGAGAGCGGGGACUGGACGGACGGGCUGGACGGAUCUUUGGCUUGUUUUCUGAAAUACCUUCGCAGUCUCAAUGUUUUCGCUUUAUUCUGUAGCUAUGGCCUCCAGCUGGCAUCCACCCCCCCACUGUCCGUGUCGAAUGACAAUUACACAAAAAAGGAGCAUUGAUACCCACUUGCGUACUCUUUAAGUCAGUUAUUAUCAAACUUAAAUAUAGGUUGUGUUAAAUUAGCCAGCUGAUACGCUGUUGCCUCUUUGGCCUUCUGACUUUUUUUUUUUACAUUUCCUUUCCCUUACACGUUUCUUUUAAUUAUUAUUACUUUUAAAUUCCAAAACUGUGAAGCAAGUUCAUUUUUUAAGUUGAUAUAAAUCCAGUGUUAUUUCAUGAGUUAUUUCAUUGAACCUUGAACCUUGAACCUUGAGUGAGGUACUGUCACUCAUGCAGAUGCUGAUGGGUGGAGCCAUGGCUGGGAUUCAUGGCUUGACUGUAAUUUACUGGGGUCUGCUGUUUAAUGUCAUGUUGCUUUGUUGUCUUUGGAAAUCAGGAAACAUCUAAAUUUAAAUUUGAGCGUCCUGCUUUGGUAAUUUAGUCCUGUCAUAAACCUUCAUAGAGAUGUAAUAUAUACGUUUCAGUCAUGGCUUAGAAUGGGACAUACGUGUAGUGAUUCAGGGGGUGACGCUGUCCUGGGGACUGGCCUGACCAUGAGAUGUAAUAAUCACGGUUUAAGUGUAGUGAUUACCGCAGUCAUAGAUUUUACUGUGAUUGGUCGGCAGGUCCAAAUUCAUCCAUUAACCCCCCCCCUCCAGUCAGAUGUUCUCUGUAUGUCACAGUUUCAGCACGAGGUUUAAAGAGCAACCUAAUAAUUCCAGUUAUUAAUGAGAAAUGUAAUGAGAUGAAAUUAAAUGUAAUGUAAUAAUGAGAAAAUAACAAUUUUCCUUAAUGCUGUGUUUAGAUUUAUAAGCAACAGGAAUCUCCUGAUAAGGAUCCGGAGUCUUGGGGAAAAAUAUAAACUGUUCUUUCUGACUCUGUUUACUGCUUACACUGUUAUAUGUUUCCAGAAGCCCAAAGGCUACUCAUGGAACCAGAGUUAUGUGUGCAACAGAUUUGAUGAAUGUGUGAAAGACUGUUUCCAGUUAAAACUGGGUGUUAAGUUGCUCUUUAACUUAUUUAUGUUGCUUUGAGAAUGAUGUGGUGGUUCUAAAGCAUUUGAGCACAGGUAAUUCAAUUUAAAUGUCACUUUUUUUUAAAUGUCAGGUGAACCUGACUGAAGCACACUGGUCUGAUCCUGAGGUGACACAAUGGGAGCUUAGAUGAGAUGAUCAGCAGCAUUUCAGACGCCUCAGAGUUAAAGUGAUGAUGUUCAGUCUCAGAGAGAGAG